UUCUGGGCCCAAGUGAGGACCUUAUAUUAUCCUACAGCUAUCUCCAUUGUGCUUCUCCUGUCCUCCCUCUUCAAGCAGGUCCCAGAUGGCGAGCCUAAGGAACAGCAGCAGCACAGUGACAGAGUUUAUCCUCGUGGGUUUUGAGCACAGCUCCCCUUCCACUCGGGCAUUGCUCUUUGCCCUCUUCCUGGUCCUCUACUGCCUUGCCAUGGCCAUGAAUGGCCUCAUCAUCUUCAUCAUGGACCCCAGGCUCAGCAGCCCCAUGUACUUCUUCCUUGGCCACCUGUCUCUCCUGGAUGUCUGCUUCAUCACCACCACCAUCCCGCAGAUGUUGAUCCACCUGGUGGUCAAGAACCACACUGUCUCCUUUGUCUCUUGCAUGGCCCAGAUGUACUUGGUCUUCUGUGUGGGUGUGGCUGAGUGCAUCCUCUUGGCUUUUAUGGCCUAUGACCGUUAUGUUGCUAUCUGUCACCCACUUAGCUAUGCUCAGAUCAUGGGCCAGCAGGUCUGUGUCAGGCUCGUGGGUACUGCCUGGUUCUUUGGGCUCAUCAAUGGCAUCUUUCUUGAAUAUAUAUCAUGUUGGAAUACUUUCUGUAGGGACAAUCACAUAGAAAACUUCUUCUGUGAGGCCCCCAUAGUGAUCGCCCUCUCUUGUGCGGACCCUCAGUUUAGCGUGAGGAUGAUCUUUGCUGAUGCCAUUGUGGUGCUGCUCAGCCCCAUGGUGCUCAUUGUCACCUCCUACGCUCGCAUCCUGACCUCUAUCCUCGGCAGAGCUUCCUCCUCAGGUCGGGGGAAGACCUUCUCUACUUGUGCCUCCCACUUGACUGUGAUCAUCUUUUUGUACACCUCAGCUAUGUUCUCUUACAUGAAUCCCCGCAGCACACAUGGGCCUGACAAAGACAAGCCUUUCUUCCUCCUCUACACCAUCAUCAUCCCCAUGUGCAACCCCAUCAUCUACAGUUUCCGCAACAAAGAAAUGAAGGGGGCCAUGGCGAGGGCCCUUGGGAGAAGCAGCCUGACCAGGUGGAGCCUGUCUAGCAGGAAGGCCCCUGAAGGGGAGGCUCCCUCCCCUGGGGCGGCCUGA